GGCCGCGCGUUGCCCCGGUGACGGCGCGGCUGCCACACCCCCACACACACCUCCCAGGGCUUUCCCGGUCUCCGCAUCCCGGCAUCCUGAGGCCAUGGACAAGUACCAGCCGCUGGACAUCGUCGGGGAGGGUAGUUACGGGAUGGUGACCAAGUGCCGCAACGCCGAGACCGGGCAGGUGGUGGCCGUGAAGAAGUUCCUGGAGACCGAGGAGGAUGCGGCCGUCAGGAAGAUCGCGCUGAGGGAGAUCAAGCUGCUCAAGCAACUCAGGCAUGAGAACUUGGUGAACCUGCUGGAAGUGUUUAAAAAGAAGAAACACUGGUAUCUGGUGUUUGAAUUUGUGGAUCACACGGUGCUUGAUGACCUUGAGGCAUUUCCAAAAGGACUGGACUAUAACAGGGUUCGGAAAUACUUGUUUCAGAUUAUAAGAGGAACAGCAUUUUGUCACAGUCAAAAUAUAAUUCAUCGGGAUAUUAAGCCAGAGAACAUACUGGUUUCCCAGUCGGGAGUUGUAAAACUAUGUGACUUUGGAUUUGCCCGCACCUUAACAGCUUCCGGGGAAGCUUACACAAGCUACGUGGCAACCCGAUGGUAUAGAGCUCCAGAGCUGCUGGUGGGAGAUACCAAGUAUGGCAAGGCUGUGGACGUGUGGGCUAUUGGCUGUCUGAUAACAGAAAUGCUUACUGGACAGGCCCUCUUCCCUGGAGAUUCAGACAUUGACCAGCUCUACCAUAUCACCAGGUGCCUGGGUAAUUUAAUUCCAAAACACCAAGAAUUAUUCAAUAAAAAUUCCCUCUUUGCUGGCAUGAGGUUGCCUGAAGUGAAGGAGGCUGAGUCUCUGGACAAACAAUAUCCCAAACUCUCUGCCGCAGCACUAGAUUUAGCCAAGACGUGUUUGCAGAUUGAUCCAGACAAGAGGCCACCCUGUGCUGAGCUCUUGGAAUGCGAUUUCUUUAACAACGAUGGAUUUGCUGAAAGGUUUGCCCAGGAGCUUAAAUUAAAGAUUCAGAAAGAAAACAGAGACCAUCAAUUUCAAAAAAAAUCAAAAUUCAGCAAAAGGGACAAAGAUGAUAUUUCAGAAGAAAGAAAAAUGUUUGGUGUCCAGGAUUUCAGCAUUGACCUGAAGAACAGAGAUACAAAGCUAUUAAAGGUGAAGCGCUCUAAAGCUGCUGCAGAGAAAACAGACCGACUCUCCAACCUAAGCUCUCUCUAUGACAGUGCGAUCAACCAAUUUAAAAUCAGCCCUCAAAUCAGCCUGAAAGAUUCCAGCAGCAGCUUGGACUAUGCCAAGAAUACCGGCGUAGUUAUCCCUCCCAUCCACCAGAACCUUUCUCCCACUGCAAUGAGGAUGAGACCUGUGCCUGGGAACCUUAAUUACAGGCUUGAUGACAAGAGUAAAAAAUACUACCCAUUAUUGAAGCAACGGAAGCAUUCUCCAGCAGGCCAUUACAGCGUAAGCUUGACACCGGUUACUAAUGACAAAAACGUCCUUCAGGCAAGUAGGAAAAAAUGGGAAUUCUCCAAGACAGACGUGCAUUUGCCAGAACUAAAACAUCUCCCUGAGCUGAGAGGAGUGGAAGCACGGCAUUCCAGAUUUCUGAAAAAGGGAUGUAAGAUGGUUUCAGAGUGCCGUGUCCCCUCCCUUGCUGCUAUUGAACUCCAUAACACAAGCCUGACCUUACAGCAGAUGUCAGGGACCUUGAUGCCCAAUGCAUCAGAAGCCAGUUUCCCUAGAGUUGAGCACUAGCCUUAUGGAGAAGGAGAUCACAUCUGCCUGUAAAAGGUAGGCUUUAAUUUCCACAGUGUGGCCUUCUGGUGGUUUUAAUUUCUGCUGUGUAGUGUCUUUGAAGUGGAUGGUUUCAUGAAUGUGUAUCCAGUCCUGAGGUGCAAUGGGGAAACCCUUUUACACCUCACAUUCUUGGUUAGUACUCCUAGCUAGGACAGGCUUCCUGCUGCAGCCAGCAUGCAGCUUUCUUUACACGGAUAAUGCAGUUGGCUGUGGCAGGUAGAUAGUUUUCCUGAGCUGAGGUACUUUUUUAAUAUAGCUGCUGAUACCUCAAUGCUUUCUGAGCGUGUGAUGGAAGUCUGGGAGAGAAGGAGGCUUAGGAAGAGUCCUGGCUGUGUGAUUGACUUGUCUUAAGUACUGAGUGCUCUUGAAGUACUGUGCCACUCUGUUUGUACUUUCACUUAGCAUGGCGUCUUAUCAUUCUGGGUUGUUUUAAGCUGAGGCUUUUAAAUGUGGUUUUAAUAGUUUCCCAUCUUGCCCUUUGAAAGGCACACAGUUCUCCGAGUCCUUUGGUUGGAAAAAAACCCUCAUAGAGAAAAUUGUGUGGUUUUGUUUGUUGUUCUGCUUUAUUCUGUUGUGGUAUUGUUACCUCUUGUUGCUCAGCAUCCUCCAGGGAGUCUGCUGUAUGUGUUGGAGGCUGUUUCAUCCACUCGAAACCAAGAACUGCAGUGCUUAGCUGCGGGAUUUUUACUCCCAUGAUCUCCCCUCUUUCCUCACUGAGGCUGGGCAGAAGGGACAGCACCUUCGGGAGGGAGCAGGAGUUACGUAGAACAAAGAGGGAAGGAGACAAGGUGCUUUAGAAGGGUCUUCAGGGGCUGUGCUGCAAAAUCUCACUGGCUCUAUUGGAACCUUGUGCGCUGUGUAAGUGGGGUUUACUUGGUGCUCUGCCUACCCUGGUGCUGCUGGCGUGGACGCGAUCGUGUACCCGUUCCUCUGGGGAUUCUCCCUGUGGCCACAGCGACCACCAGUCCCGGCUGCCUCCCUCCACUCUCACUCAGUGUUCAUAGCGAUAGCUGUGAGCGUGUCACAGCCAUAGUGUUAACAUGCAGGUGCAAACUCUGCAUCUUGUUUUUUCCUUUGGGUCCUUUGUUUCCUUUUUGAGAAGAGAGAGCAGCUGCCGAUUCUGAAAUCUCUGCACGAACGCUGCACAUGCUUUUAAUCUGCAUGAGUGUAUUUAGCACUUACAUUCGCCUGACGUGAUGGCUUAACGCUACUAGGAAGAAAGAAGAAAACACAUUGGGAUGGGAAGCAAUCCUGAAUGUAGAAGUGGGGGAAAAAAAGAAAGCUUAUUAAAGUUGUCUCAUCUGUGAAGCACAGAGGUGUAAGUGCACAGCAUUAGCAAGGUAAGGACGUGUAGUAAGUGAAAAUAAAGGAAGCACAGCACCAGGGAGUCCCUCUGUGGUUUUCUUGAGCUGUCUAUAACAUCAUCCUGCCUUUCUCCUCUUGAUGCAGAUGGCUGAAAAGGUGGAACGAUCCACCUGAGUUUCCAGGUACUAAAGCUGCAAGGCCUCUGCAGGAGAGAGGAGGAUCCCUUACUCUCGUGUUAGCGCAGCGGACUGCUGUGGGCAGUGGCUCGGGCCCAGGCUGAGGACAAAGCUCGCACUCCAAUCACUGCUGAAUUUCUUGCAUGCAAACCAGCUCUGAAAUGUUGAUUUUCUGGACUAGGGCCUGGUCUUGUCAGUGGCUGUCAGAGAAAAAUAGCAGUUAUUGGUGCAUGACAAAGGGCAGGAGCUGGUUGGAGGAUUUUGAAGGAAGAUGGGCUUACUUUUGUCUUAACUGCUGCCCUCCUGAGAGUUUUGUUUUUAAAUGAACAGUGGAAGAGAGUAGGUUGCUGCUGAAACUGCUGUGUUUUGGUGGGCUCCCUGCUCUGUGCUGGAAAGCACCUUUGCCUUGACAGAAAUGUGAAUGACAAAAACGUUUGCACAAGAAAUACAACAUUUGAAUGUGUAAAUGUCCCCAGCUGUUCCUCUGAAACCCUUGUGAAUGCUCAGCAGCACGUGAGACCUUGCGUUAGGUUCCUUUUCCCUCUGUGCUUUCGUUCUCUGGGUGUUGAACUGGGCCUGGUGUCUGGCUGUUGUUAACAGUGAAGGAAGAAUAUUGGUGUUAAGAGAAUAUUGGUGUCAAAUACCAAGCCGAGAAGUGAGUGGCAUGCAAAAUGGAUUCUGUGAGUGCUCAGUAACCCACCAAGUCAUCCAUCCUUCACUUUUCCUGGGGAAUGAGAUGUGGAAAACUCAGCAGUGGUGUGCAGGGAGAGAAAGACAGAGACGCUUUUAUCUUGGGACCGUUACAGGAGCUUAGCUGCUCUCAGAUUGGCUCCAGUCAGCUCUGGGGUGUCCUUGUGUUGCUCACAACUCUGUUUUCCAGCAGCUCGAGACUGCUGUCACCACUCACACCCCUCCACAGUGUAGUCAUCUUUCCACAAAACGCGGCCCUUCCCAUCAAAGUAUCGCAGCAGAACACAGCAUAAAUGUCAUCAUAUUUAGAGGUUUGUGCCUGUAUUGUGUUUUGACAUGUACAUUAAAAUCUGUAAAUAAAAAGAUAUUCAAAUUC